ACCAGUGACAAAAUAUUUCACGACCUGAAAGAGCUCCUGCGAGUGUCGUCAGCUGGCAGCAGUGUCAUAUUCUGCAGCUUCUAUUUGUGACUUUGCAUAUAAUCAUUAUCACAGCCAAUAUUCUCCUGGCUUCAAUCUCUCUUCGGAACAUACCAUAACACCGAUGAACGAGUGUUUCAAACACGAAGCAUGUACCAGUUUUAUCAAUUGAAAACGCUAUUAAAAACCGUGGAUAUGGAAGCUACUCACCAGAAGCAAGAACAAAGUUUAGUGAUAAGCGUAAUAUAUUACGAAGAAUAGUUCAAUUGCCUUUCAGCGGCGCGAAUGUUUUUAAGCUAACCAUAGCAAUCCCAAGGAAGUACCAGAUGAUAGAUGCUGUGUUUACAGUUCUUACCAAAUCAGAAUUAUUGCAACAAAAACGCUGUUUGCUAAGUUAAUCAGCUAGGUACCAACUUAGAGGUUUUAGAACUAUCUUUAUGAAAAUAGUAGUGAUUCAUCAAAUAAGUGUCUGCAACAGUUGUUUUUGAUUACACUAUGCUAGUCAUACUUAAAUUAGGAGAACUCAUCGAAUAUAUGAUACUGUAGCUAUUCGUUUUUAUCAGAAUAAAGUUUGCGC